CAGUCAUCUAAGAAAACUGAUAAAGCCAUGACUUCUGAAAGUGAAUUAACCUGUAAUGAUUCACACUCAAACACUCAAGAAACCUCAAAAGUUGACCUUUGGGGAUCAAUUAUCGAGAUUGAUCCGGGCCAAUUAAAUUUAGUAUCAUUUAUCAAUCAAGAUUUAGCUAAUGAGUUCCAGUGUACCAAGCGGCGUUUUUAUAGAAACCACAAACACAAGCCCUCGUCUACCAAACAGACACCGAAGCAAAAAAAAGAAAAACGGGAUAAUCAUCUAAAGGAUAAAAUGUUGAUAAAGUUAAGUGCUCCAGAAGUAGCUGUGUCAGCCACUGUCUCUGAUCUUGCUGAAGAGGAGCUUACUCACUUGUUGCCAGAUUUGGCUGAAGUGGCGCGUUUGGCUGAAAUGGCUGCAAAGGAUUAUUUGGCUGCUCAGCGCGACUGGCGGCUUAAGCGACGACGGCAACUAAAUUCGGCUGCAGAGGAUAUUCAAGGUGAACCCGAGAAUAGAGUGAAUGAAGGUGUUCACUGUAAAACUGAUACCGGAACAAAACAAGAUCUGGAGGAUAGAGAAAAGUUGGCAGCUAAGAUAAAGAAUGAGGGCCAGGAGGAAGAGGGAAUAUCAAAACUGGCAAGUGAAUUGACACCACAACCAUAUACCAAAGAGCUGGGUCUCAAUAAAAUAUCGGCUCAGCAAGCCCAACUGUACUGCUCCACAAUGCGUUCUCUUCAAUUCAGGUAA